UGCAUUGUUUUGUUUUUCUCUUAUUGUACUUUGAAAUAUGAAAUUGAUUUUUGCCAUUUUCUUGUUGUUACUGUCGAUAUUCAGCAAUGUUUUGGCUCGUCCAUCUUCGCCGAUUCAAACAUUUGAUGAAUUUAAAGCUGUCUACAAUAAAACCUAUGCUACCGAUGAACAAGAAGAAAUUGCCCGGGAAAAUUUCCUGGAAUCAUUGAAAUAUGUUCAAACAACCAACAAUCCAGGUGUUUCUAUUAAUCAUUUGUCCGAUUUGUCAUUGGAAGAAUUUGAAAACCAAUUUCUAAUGAACAAAAAAACAUUUGAAAACUUGAAGAAAAUUUCCGGAAAUUUCAAAGCAACAAAUUUUUGUCAAAUUGAUCCGAAUAUAAAUAUUCCCUGGGAAAUUGAUUUACGUUCAAUGCAUACAAUAACACCAAUACGUAUACAAGGAAAUUGUGCAUCAAGUUGGGCAUUUGCAACUAUAGCAUCGGUUGAAUCAACAUAUUUGGCUUAUAAAAAUUUAUUGCUAAAUCUUUCUGAACAAGAAUUGAUUGAUUGUGCAUCCAAACAUGGUUGUACAGGUGAUACUAUUGAUCAAGGUUUAUAUUAUAUUCAACGUAAUGGUAUUUUAUCGGAACAUCGUUAUCCAUAUGUUGCACGUGAACAAUCAUGUCAACGACCAUCAUUGAAUUCCCGAGGUUAUUCAAUACAAAAUUAUUGUCAAAUUGAACCCGAGAAUCCAUUAAAAAUUCGUCAAUUAUUAAAAAAAACACGUUCAGCUAUUAUUGCUUUAAUUGGUUUUCAUGAUUUACAAGCUUUUCGUCAUUAUGAUGGCCGUACAAUUAUUCAACAUAAUGAUGAUAAUGGUGAACCGGUAAAAUAUCAUGCAAUCAAUAUUGUUGGUUAUAGUAAUACAAAAGGUGUAGAUUAUUGGAUUAUUAGAAAUAAUUGGGAUACAACAUGGGGCGAUAAGGGUUAUGGUUAUUUGGCUGCCAACAAAAAUCUAAUGCAAAUUGAACAAUAUCCAUUUGUUGUUAUUUUAUAAAAAUUUUCGAGUUUUUUAAAUUAAAUUUUGAUUUUGUUUUUGUUGA